AUCCCGGCGAGAACCUAAAAUUCCCUGCUUCUCAUCUGUCUUGUGUCACUUCUGUCUUUCUGUUUCUGCAGAAUCUCCCAAGUUUUUGUGUCUUUCCUCCCAGAAAAUUGUGUCUUUGUGCAGUGUGAAAUGGUGAGAGAUCCUCUGCCUGGAAUUGUAAGAAAUCCCAGGCACUGAACUAUUGCCUCCUCACAGGAGGAAUUGCACGUAAGAGACGCGCUGUUGCCAAUGAAUCAGCCACUGGAGGAGUGAGAUAUCAUCCUAGAAUCUCCAGAAAAAACUUCUAAAAGAAUCUCAGAAAAUGGCAUCAACCAUGCAACUAGAAUUCUCUCAGGCCAUGUCUGAUUUCAAGACAAUGUUCCCAGAAAUGGAUAGGGAUGUGAUUGAGGCAGUUCUGAGAGUUAAUAAGGGUGCUGUGGAUGCCACAAUUGACCAGCUUUUGGCCAUGAGUACGGACAAUCAGAAUGAGAAACUGAGGAAUGAACUUGAAAAGUCAGGGAGUGAUUCACCACAGAAGAAAUCCUCCCGGGAAACAUCUCCAAUUCCCAGUACAACUCCUGAGAAACACAAUUCCCUACUGAGUACAUCUCCAGCAGCUCUGACCAGCACUGGAGCAUCUCCAAAGGUCAAGAAGACAUCAACGUCUCCCGAAGCAGCUGCAGCUCCACGGAAGACCAAGCGAUGGGACCCACCGAUUCUCAGUCCACUCCCACCGACCUUCCUCCGGGUCACGUGCGUCAAUGAGAAGGGAGAGACUGACUUCCCGGAUGAGCAAUUUGCGCUGAUGCUUCAGAACGAAGAAUUCAUGAAUGAGUUGCGUUGGAAUCAGGAGUUCAUGAUGGCCCUGGAGAAGGAGCAGCAGGGCAAGGCCAGGACUGAAGAUGAUGCUGUGUUCAAGGAGCGUCUAAAGCACAUGGGCAAGAAGUCCAGGAAGAAAUUCCUACAGCUGGCCAGAGUGUUUACAUGGCAGAAGAAUAAGAAACCCGGAGCUGUUCGACAUCCAGACUCACUACUCCUCCAGGAGGAGCACAGUGAUGAUGAUGAGCCACGCCGGGCGAAAAAAUAAGUCCCCCAAUUUUUUUAUUUUUUUUUGUUAUCGAGGAGGAUCUUGGUGUGAUAGUCAUGAGAAUCUUUCCAAUUUUAUCAAUAACUUCGUGAAUCCUUGAGCAGAUGAAGUCACAUGAGGACUUUGUCUGCUCCCGAAAAAGUGUUGCCAAUAAUGGGAUUAUCCUCCAACUCCUGGCCAUUGUGUUGUAGCCAUUUGUUAAUUUUUACUUGUCCUAAGCACUGAUACUUGCGAUGAAUCUCCCUGAAAAAAUCCCCUUUUGCAGAACUCCGCAAUCUCAUUAUUUUACAUUAGUGUUAGAGAGGGAAGAGUCACGCGAUACUCGAAGGUAAGGGUUAGUAGGAGCCAAAACACUCCCUAACCCAAAGGCAGGAUCAUAGGAAAAAAGAAAUUAUAUAAAGAGAAAAAAAAACUUAUACAAUAACUUACUGCAAGAUAACGAAUAAUUGAGAAAAAAGAUAAACAUUUAAUGUGUCCAUAAUUACGGUGAUGUCUUCUGUGCAAUUUAUUGUUCCUUUUAGAUAAGCAAAAAAACACUUACAGAAAUGCUGGUAAUAUUUGGAGAAUUAUUUAAUUAUCCCUUAGGGAUUAUCCACACAAUUAUUUUAUUAUUUUACCGAAUCCCUUUUUUGUUGCUGUAUACAUUUAUUAAAUAAAAAACAUUAUAUUUCA